ACCCUUGCUACUCCAAUUUCCUACUCUACACGACCCAAUCACUCUGCGCCACCUAACAGCCAACCCCUAAUGAUAUUCUUCCCAUUGCCUACAAGUUUCAAGUACAAGUAUUCCAUGGCAUAGAGGAUCCUGAUUCUCUUCUUCUUACAUGGUCAAUUUUACUGACAAAAAAAACCACAGAGAUAUCAUUUCUUGCUCUCUCUCUCUCUCUCUCUCUCUCUCUCUCUCUCCAGUCUAUACUAUUUACUGACACGAUUCGAAAUCGAAAUCUCACUUUUUCUCUCUUCGUCCCAAGAAAAUUAGAAAAAGAAAGCGAUUGCUCCUGAAUCAAAAGCAUCAUCAUAUGUAAUUUAAAAUUGUCUAUUUCUGUCUAAGAAUAGCUGAAAGAGGCAAGAUCAGGUCUAGGGUUUCUUCUCGCCAAAACCCUAAGCACACUCGCAAAAGCUCUUCCUUUUGCUCAAUCCCCAUCUUCUCUCCGGAGCCAAACAGAGUUUUUGACUGGGGAAGAGGUGUUGUGGGAUUUCUUUGCCUGAAGAAAGGUUCUGGGGAAACGUUUGGUUGACUGGUUCAAUUGGCGGAAGGUUUCAACUUUCCAAUGCCGGAGGAGGACCUGGUUGAGCUUAAGUUCCGUCUCUAUGACGGAUCGGAUAUUGGUCCGUUCCGCUACUCACCCGCAUCCACAGUGGCAAUGCUCAAGGAGAGAAUCGUGGCUGAGUGGCCGAAAGAUAAAAAAAUUGCACCAAAAGGAGCCAACGACAUAAAAUUGAUAAAUGCUGGGAAGAUUUUGGAAAACAACAAGACUGUUGGUCAGUGUAGAGCACCAUUUGGAGAGCUUCCAAGAGGAAUUAUCACCAUGCAUGUUGUUGUUCAGCCUUCUGUAACAAAAGCAAAAACAGAAAAGAAAGUUGAUGAGGCCCCAAGAAAAAAUAUGUGUUCAUGUUCGAUAUUGUAAAAGAGUAAGUCUGGGUGAGCAUGGUGAAGACUCUGAGUGAGGCUGCGUUGGGGUUCCUGGGGUCUGCUGGAACGUGGAAAUGAGUAACUGGAGAGAAAAUAAUUUGUACAACAGUCCAAUCCCCCAUUGUCACAUGUGUUGUUGGAGGGAAAUCCUGUGUAACAGUGAAUAUUAGUGAAGUAUUUGCGUUUUUCUAUAUAAAAUGGGUGCUUGAUGUAUUUUGGUAGCUUAGUAUCUAUUUUAAGAAAUUAUUUAUACGAAUCUUAUGGGAAUUGAAUUGUC